AUGGCCGCCACGCACAAUAAUUCACGGCGCAGCGCCAGAGCCGCCGCCACGCCCACAAGGCAGGGCCUGCGCUCGCAGAUGCGCAUCACCAAGAAUAAGUCUACAGUAGCCUCGGAAAAGGCCCCUACCAAGCGAGAGGUCAAGCAAGAAGUCAAGCAAGAAGUCAAGCGAGAGGUCAAGCGAGAAAUCAAGCAGGAAGACGAGCGGAAAGUGAAGCGAGAAGUGAAGCCAAAAAUAAAGACCGAGGCCACCGCCACCACUCUCUCCUCCAUACCGCCAUCCUCUGUUGCAGACGUCAAGCCCUCGCCCUCGCCUUCGCCCGCCAAACCACCCCGCAAAUCCAAGCAGACGCGGCACAUCACCAGCACGCCGUUCCCCGACUUUGCGCGCCCGACACCCGCCGACUGCACCCUCGCGCACGACAUCCUCGUCAGCCUGCACGGCGCACGCGCGCGCCCCGCCCAAGUCGUAGCCUCGCGCACCGCCGCCGGCUGCGGCGACUCGCCGUCGGUGCUGGACGCGCUCGUGCGCACCAUUCUCUCGCAAAACACGAGCUCGGCCAACUCUACGCGCGCCAAGCAGAGCAUGGAUACCGUCUAUGGCGGGUCCGACCAGUGGGAGGCCAUUGCCGCGGGCGGGCAGGCCAAGCUGCAGCGCGCGAUCCAGAGCGGCGGCCUCGCCGCGACCAAGAGCCGGGUCAUCAUCGACAUACUCGCCGCCGUGCGCGCCAAGUACGGCGUGUACUCGCUGGACCACCUGUUUACGGCGGGCGACGCCGAGGCCAUGGAGGAGCUGCUCGCGUUUCCGGGCGUCGGGCCCAAGACGGCCAGCUGCAUCCUGCUCUUUUGCCUGCAGCGCCCGAGCUUCGCCGUCGACACGCACGUGUACAGGCUGACGGGCGUGCUGGGCUGGCGGCCGUACGAGGCGACGCGCGAGCAGGCCCAGGCGCACCUCGAUGCCAAAGUCCCCGACGAGCUCAAGUACCCGCUGCAUGUGCUACUCAUUGCCCACGGCCGGACGUGUAGUGCGUGCAAUGCAAAGGCAGCGGCUGGGCAAACCUGCAAGUUGCGUGAGGCAUUCGAAUAA